AUGACAUCUACUAUACCAAUAUUAAGAACAUUGGACAGACUUAUUCAACGAAUAAAUAAAGUCACAGUAUGCCAAGAACAUUUUAGACUAAUUUCUAUAGCAUUAACUCAACUGCAACAUGUAUUGAAUAUAACAGACAUAGAAGAUGAAAAACAUAAAUUUGAUGAUAUAGUACAGACACUAAAGGCGAUCGAUGAAAUUAUCAUUGGGUGUAGCGAAAAUGAAGUUGAACUUAAAGGAAUGACCUAUCGAGAUCUUGAAUCUUUAUUACUUCGACUUCAAUUACGACUCGCUCAGCAUGCAAUUGAUUUAACAGAUAACUAUGAAGCAAAAAUUCAAAUACUAACUAAUGCUUAUCAUGAUCAACAAAUUCUUGUUCAAAAAGUUUUUGAUGAAAAAAUAAAACAACGAUUAGAUGCAAUCGAAAAGAGAACCGAAGAAAACACUAUGGAACAACUUCAUCUACUACGUGAAAAACAUUUCCAUACGAUCAAAGUUUAUCUUCGUUGUUGUACUGAACUACACAAAAGUGUACCUCUUACUGGUCUGAAUGGUGAUAUUGUUGCUAAAGUUGCUUAUAAUUUUUACCACAUUUCUUCCGAAGAUAAAAGUCAAUUAGAACAUAAAUGGAAAUCAUGUGAUCUUCCUCUCACUCGUACAUUCAUUCAAUUCAAACCUGAUAAAUCUGCAUCAUUCGAAAGAAAUGAAUCACGACGUUUACUCAUCGGAUCAGAAAGCCACUUAUUUCAAAAUCAUCAUAAUAGAAAAGGUGCAUGGGAAGGUAUAUGGCAAAGAUUAGUUUCAGCUCCUUACAUGAUGUCGAUGGUUGAUAGAGAUCGCUAUUCAGAGGAAGAUGAUGUUACUGAGGAAAAUAUUAUUCGAUUGAAACGUUGGAUUGUUAUUUUGGGUGAUCCAGGAAGUGGAAAAACAAGUUUUGUUCGAUGGCUUGUUUGUCAUCUCGCUCAAACACUUCUUAAUGAACAACAUUCAACUGAUUAUGGUCCUCUUCGUAUACCAAUUCUGAUUCGUAUUGGUGAAUUUGCUGAAAUAUUGAACGAACAGCCAUCGCUAAGUUUAUUUGAUUAUAUUGGAAAACAUAAAUGGAUGGGCAAGUCAAUAGUUGAUGACUCAUCAAUAUCUCUUGAUAAUUUAUCAUGUGCUCUUCAAGACUACAUUAAACAAGGUCAAGCUCUUAUCAUACUUGAUGGUCUUGACGAGAUUCCUGUUUCAGAUCAACGUUCAAAAAUUAUCAAUCUUGUUGAAAACUUUGUCGAUAGUUAUGUUCAAACACCUACGGGUACCUCUGCAUUUGACGAUCGAUAUUUGAGUAGACUAUUUGAUAAUCCAUCGAAAUCGGGCGGUAAUCAAUUGAUCGUCACAAGUCGUAUAGUUGGCUAUCAUGUUGCUCCAUUAGCUGGUCAAUUUGCUCAUUAUACAAUUCGACCUAUGGAUAUGGAACAUAUGAAAGAUUUUGUUGACUAUUGGUUUUUUCGUGUUCAUCAACGUAUACUUGACACAUUGGAUCUUCCAUUGAUUAAUCAAGGAGAAAAUCAAAGUGAAGCACUUAAGAAAGAACUAGAAAAAACGGAACACAUUGGACUUCUUGAUGUAGCUUCUAACUCUUGUUUGAUGUCAUUUAUUUGUAGUGUGGCUUUCAAUCAAGUAAAAGGCUCACCAUUGCCUACUCAACGUAUUCUACUCUAUGAAGCAAUUGUUAACUCUAUGUUAAGUUUGUGGAGUACUAAAAGAUCGACCAUUCCAAUACGAGAAUUAAUUCAAAUUUUCAGUAAUAUUGCAACUUAUAUUCAUGGAAAUUCUGCAUCAGGUCUUAUUCAUGAAGAAAAAAUGAAAGAAAUUUGCAUUCAAUCUAUUAAAGAUUCGGUAAGUAAAGACUUUGACAGUAAAAAAAAUAUCCAAGAUAUUGAAAAUCAAGCAUUCGAAUUCGUACGAAUCAUUCGUGAAGAUGUUGGUAUUUUAGCUGCUCGAGGUGAAUCACUCUAUGGUUUUCUUCAUUUAACAUUUCAAGAAUAUUUUACUUGUUUAAAACUCAUCAACAUAGAAACUACGAAACAGGAGAACAAAAACUGUGAUGAAUCUAAUUUACAGAACAAAGUUCAACUCGUUGCUCAGUCUAUGCGGUAUCAUACAAAUGAUCCACGUUUUAAGGUACCUAUUGCACUUGCUUUAGGCAAGAUCAGUUAUUCUUGGUCACAAAAAGAUUUUGAUAAUUUUUGUUACGAGUUUAUAAAAGGACAAGAUGAAUAUGAUUCUCUUUUACCACUUGGUGCAUAUAUGUUAAUUAAUUGUGGCAAUGAUCUUGUGAAGUAUCCUUCUCAUGAUGUUUUAUUCGAUGUUUUGGAUUGUUUAAUAAUUGUAGCUGGUCAACAUAAGUGGUCAAUUGUUUGUCCGUUUCUCCUUGAUCAAAUUAUAAUUUUAUUGAGAAAACUUCGACAUGAUAUUGUUUCACUAUGGAUUAAUAAAUUAUUGUCUCAAUCUUCUUGGUAUGAUAUUCAAACAAUGUCGGCUCUUUGUCAUCUCAUCGAAGGAAAACCUCAUGAAUUUGAAAACAUUAAAUGGCUAAAUCAAUCAUCUUGUUCAAUGCUUCAAUCCUUGUCAAUACUGGAUAAUGAAAAUAAUGAAUUUGCUAUUGAUCGACUAUUAGUUAAAAUUGCUUUCUUCAAUCAUCGCUUAUUACCUGUUAAUCCAAGCACUUUCAAAGGAUUUCUUCUUGCUAAAGAAGUAGAGCUGUAUUCGAUUCCUACUAUUCUAUUUCCUGUAAUCAUCAGCUUAUAUGGCGGUUUGAAACGAGAUGGUCCAGAUAUUGUCUUCGAUCCAUUUUAUAUUUAUCGAGAAUCAACUGUCGUGACACCGAUGUUGAUACAUUUUCUUUCUAAAAACAAUCUAAGUAACCAAAAUGAGAAUAUAAUGAUGAUUAAACAAGAAUUUUUAAAAUUAUUAUUGACACGAAUAGAAAGCCAAGAUGAAUCUUGUGACACAGUUGAUCUUUGUAUUGCCAUUAUUAGCUUAUACGGCAUCGACUACGUUCAAGAUAAUCUAAAAAUCAUUUCCAGUUCUCUUUUACGUAUGAGUAUGCAUAGACUAAAAUAUAUUUCAAUGAUUUUACGUCAAUUUUAUUUUGCUGGCGAUAGAAAUGAUCCAUUGGAUUCAAAGAGAGUAACAACAUUUAUUUCGAGUAUGAUCGAAAACUUUCAGUAUGGCAAAGCAUCAAAAUUGCAAUAUUUGAAUUUGUUAAAUUCAUUAAAAACUAGCAUGGCUCGUUUACGAUUUUCUACAACAUCAUUUUUAGUUAAAGGAACAUCAGAUUCUUAUGAACGGGUGAUCUUGUAUCUACCAAAUUCACUUCGAAGCGAAUAUAAACUUCUCAAUGAUAUCUUAUCCAAAGAUAUACAAUUUUAUUCGCGAGAAAAGUCUUGUUCUUUGCUUGAUUAUUUCACAAAACAUUUCUGGAUAUUAGAGAAUAGUGACAAGUUCGAGACACAGUAUAGAAUGGCUAUUGCUUUGGAUACAAUCCCACAAUAUUUACUUUUCCGCAAUGAUGAAGAUUUGCUAUUUUCAUUGACAUUUAUUCCUACACAUCUACGAAAUCUCUAUUUGUGCUUAUUGGAGAAAGGGCUUAUUAAGAUCCAUCUCGAAGAUUUUACAGCUAAUGAGAGAGAACAUCUUUUCUUCGGACACGUUUUACUUGAAUGCCUGAUGUUAUUGUCGAAUACAUCAUGCAAAAGACUUUCUCUUAUGAGUGCCUUGAUCACAUUGUUACCUAUGCUUCGUAUGCAUCACUUAGAAAACUUUGGUAGUACUCUUUUAUGGGCAUUAGAUGCAAAAGAUUCAACGUAUUUGAACGUUUUCGAAGCUACAAAAAAGCAUCCAAUGAAUUUCAAAUCGGGUAUGUACAUAAAUAAAAAUGAAAAUUUCGUUCCUGUACAUCAUAUACUGGAUGAAGAAAGAAGGGUACUAAUUAAAAAAUAUAUCGAAGAAGAACAACAACGGCUUCAAAAUGCUUUAGCUGAAUCUGAUGGAAAAAGUAUGAAACUGUAUUCUGCAUGCAUCUCUUUGGCACGCACUUGUAGAUGGACUCAAGAUGAUAAUAGAUUAACAUUAUUGGAAUACAGUGUACAAGGAGCACUAUCAAUCGAUAAUAAACUUGCUCGUCUAGAUGCAUUAUGCGUGAUUGGCUUUUACUCUCAUUCAGAUUGCGAUCAAAUCAAAACUAAGAACGGUACAUCUCUUCAAAAAGAAAUCGACUUUCAUUUACAUGAAAUUUAUCCUGAUUUAUCGCUACUAUUACACACAGCUAUUUUCAUUCGAUGUUUACCAUUACUUGAAGAUCAACAGACAGUUAAGAAAUGUCUACAGAGUCUUCAAAAUAAGUUUACCAAUGCUGAACAACGAGACCACGAUCCAUGGAGUUAUUACUGGUUGUGUAGUGCAAAUGAAGCUGAACUGGAAGGAGAGCACACAGCUAAUUUGGCAGAUAGUUUUGAAGCGAAAAUUCAAAUAUUAAGUAAUGCUCAUCACGAUCAGCAGAUUCUUAUUCAAAAAGUUUAUGAUGAAAAGAUAAGACAAAAAUUAGAUGCAAUUGAACAGGGUACCAAGGAAAACACUAUAGAACAACUUUAUCUAUUAUGUGAAAAAGAUUUUCAUACAAUUAAAAUUUAUCUUCAUUGUUGUAUUGAGUUACAUAAAAAUGUACCUCCCAGUGGUUUAAAUGAUGAUAUAGUUGCGAAAAUAGCUCGUCAUUUUUAUCAAAUCUCUUCAGAAGAUCAAAAUCAAUUAGAGACUAGAUGGAAAUCAUGUGAUCUUCUUCUCACUCGUACAUUUAUUGAAUUGAAACCUAAUAAAUCUACAUCAUUCGAAAGAAAUGAGUCACGUCGAUUACUCAUCGAAUCAGAGAGUCACUUACUUCAAAGUCAACAUCAUAGUAGAGAAGCAUUGAAAGGUGUAUGGGAAAGAUUAGUGUCAGCUCCUUAUAUGAUGAAUUGA